AUGGCAGGCCGGCCGGCAGCGGGCCCGGCAGCCGGAGACUGGGAGAUCGACGUGGAGAGCCUGGAGCUGGAGGAGGACGGCCGCGGGCCGCCGCCGCCUACGCCGCCCGGGCCCAGCCCGCCGUCGGCCGACGGGGACGGCGAGGACGACGAGGACGAGGACGAGGACGACGACGCGGAGGACGAGGGCGACGGCCUGGACGCGGGCGCGUCCCCGGGGGUGCCGGGCCGGCCGGAGCAGCAGCGGGGACCACCGCCGGGGCCAACCCCCGCGCCGCAGGCUUCGCCGCCGCAGGCCGGGCCCCCGGAGCGCGGCGCGAACGCGGGCGGCGGCGCGGAGCCGCGCAAGCUCAGCCGCACGCCCAAGUGCGCGCGCUGCCGCAACCACGGCGUGGUGUCCUGCCUCAAGGGCCACAAGCGCUUCUGCCGCUGGCGCGACUGCCAGUGCGCCAACUGCCUGCUGGUGGUGGAGCGCCAGCGCGUCAUGGCCGCCCAGGUGGCGCUCCGGAGGCAGCAGGCCACCGAGGACAAGAAGGGGCUUUCCGGGAAGCAGAAUAAUUUCGAGCGCAAAGCUGUGUAUCAGAGGCAAGUCAGGGCACCCAGUUUGCUGGCCAAAAGCAUUUUAGAAGGCUACCGCCCCAUUCCAGCCGAGACUUACGUGGGAGGGAGCUUACCCCUACCUCCCCCGGUAAGUGACCGGAUGCGGAAAAGGCGGGCCUUUGCUGAUAAAGAGUUGGAGAACAUUAUGCUGGAGAGAGAAUAUAAAGAGAGGGAGAUGUUGGAAGCGUCCCAAGCUGCUGCCUUGUUCCUGCCCAACCGCAUGGUGCACGGACCUGAAUAUAACUCCUACAAAAGCACCUAUAGCCCCACCCCAGUGGAACCACCAAACAAAGACUUCUGCAAUUUUCUGCCCACCUGCCUUGACCUAACCAUGCAGUAUUCAGGGACUGGGAAUAUGGAACUCAUUUCUUCCAAUGUCAGUGUGGCCACGACUUACAGACAGUAUCCCUUGUCCUCGAGAUUUUUAGUUUGGCCCAAGUGUGGCCCCAUCAGCGACACUCUUCUCUAUCAGCAAUGCCUGCUGAACACCACCACUUCGGUUCAAGCCCUGAAGCCUGGGGCCAGCUGGGAUUUGAAGGGGGUGCGAGUCCAGGAUGGACUUGUGGCAGAACACGACGUGAUGCCCCCCAAACUAGAAGGCUCGCUGCUUCUGCCUCACGCUCCGGAGGUCCAGACCGCGAGAGGUGACCUUCAGGGUCACCAGGCUGUCCCCGAGAGGUCUGCAUUCUCCCCACCCAGACGGAAUUUCUCUCCCAUUGUUGACUCGGACUCCCUGGCAGCUCAAGGGCACAUCUUAUCCAAGAUCAGCAAAGAAAGCACCAGGCACCCUCUGCCACUUAAACAUAAUCCAUUCCACUCAUUAUUCCAGCAAACUCUGAAUGACAAAUCAGGUCCUGAGUUGAAAACACCAUUUGUCAAAGAGGCCUUUGAAGAGGGCCCUAAGAAAUACAGAGAGUGUUUAGUCAAGGAGAACCAGAAGUACACAUUUACAAUAGACAGAUAUGCCAAAGACCUUUUCGUAGCCAAACAAGUUGGAACAAAACUCUCUGUGAAUGAACCGCUGUCAUUUUCUGUUGAGUCUAUUCUUAAGAGGCCUUCAUCUGCCAUCACUCACGUCUCUCAGUGAAAGGCUGCUUACACAGAAAGCUGGAUUUUCUGCCAUC